AGUAUUAACCUCAUCCUAACCCCCUUUUUUCCCAUCACGCAUCGAAAGGAUGGUCGCCGAGAGCAAAGCAUCGAACCCGAUGCGCGAGAUCAUGGUGCGCAAGCUCUGCAUCAACAUCUGCGUCGGUGAGAGCGGUGAUCGCCUGACGCGUGCGGCGAAGGUGUUGGAGCAGCUCUGCGAGCAGGUCCCCGUGCUCUCCCGCGCACGCCUGACCGUCCGCACCUUCGGCAUCCGUCGAAACGAAAAGAUCGCGGUGCACUGCACCGUCCGCGGGAAGAAGGCGGAGGAGCUGCUCGAAAAAGGCCUCAAGGUGAAGGAGUUCGAGCUGAUGAACUACAACUUCUCCGACACCGGCUCCUUUGGGUUUGGCAUCAGCGAGCACAUCGACCUUGGGAUUAAGUACGACCCCUCGACCGGGAUUUACGGCAUGGACUUCUACGUCGUGCUCGGCCGUCGUGGGGAGCGGGUGGCGCACCGCAAGCGCUGCUGCAGCCGCGUCGGCCACAGCCACCGCCUCACGAAGGAGGACGCGAUGAAGUGGUUCGAAAAGGUCCAUGACGGUAUCAUCCUCAAGGGGAAGAAGGUGAAGAAGGUCUCCCACCGCCGACGACGAUAAAGGCCCCCAAGAAAGGAUGGCGCGUUGGGGUUGUGCAGAGGGGGAGCGCGAGGGAAGAUUGGAGGGAGGAAAAAAUAAAGGAGGGGGAUAAUGGCUUAGCGGGAGGUCGCCUGAUAGGUUCCCGUGCGAGCUAAGCAGCCGGGAGCAGUCGGCCUGCCCACUACCCUUCCUCUUCGCGCAGAACGAAAGGAAGCGAACACUCAUGAAGAAAAAAAAACGGAUGAGCUCUUAUCGACGUUGCUCGAUUGGGAAUCAUGCGGUUUUCUUUUUCUUGCAUUUGGAACUCCUUUCUUCCCUGGACUUCCCCUCUUCAACUGUAGGAUACUCAACAAAUCUUUUUUUGUUAUUAUUGACUUUCAUCUUUAAACUAAAAAUGGUCCCCCUUUGUCUGGAUUA